AUAAAGCUUCCCUUUGACCAGCCUCUGAGCUAAUACAGAAGGUAGACAGUGAAGGCGAAGGAAGCAAAAAGCUUCAGGGGAACCUUCACUUUACAAAAAUAAAAGGAUGUUUUUCCAGCGAGGUCAAGACCAAAAAAACAAUCCUGAAAGCUACAUGGAUUUUAUAUUUAAUGUUUUAAGGGAAAAUGCCUGGCUGUACAUCACUGCUACUGUCAUGGUGAUGUGGUUUUUUGGGUGGCUGUUCAGAGACAGCUUACAAAUUGAAAACUUCCAUGAAAAGUAUGUUUUUGUCACUGGCUGUGACUCAGGAUUUGGACAUCUCCUGUGUAAGAAACUGGACCGUAAGGGUUUCCGUGUGCUGGCCGGCUGUCUCACAGAGAAGGGAGCAGAUGAUCUGAAAAGAGCCACAGGGCCUUAUCUGAAGACAGUUCUGCUCGAUGUGACAAGUCAGGAAAGCAUCCAAAAAACAAUGGAGUGGACCAAAAAGGAGGUUGGCGAUAAAGGACUUUGGGGUCUUGUAAAUAAUGCUGGCCGUUCAUUACCCAUGGGGCCUUCAGAGUGGAUGACGGUGGACGAUUAUCACAGCACGCUGAAAGUCAACAUGAUUGGAGUGAUUGCCAUGACGACUACCUUUCUGCCCCUCAUCAAAAAGGCCAGGGGUCGUAUCGUAAACGUAGCAUCAGUGCUGGGACGGGUGGCUGCAAAUGGCGGUGGUUACUGCAUCUCCAAGUUUGCAGUGGAAGCUUUUUCUGACUGUCUCCGGCGGGAUAUCAACCAUUUUGGAAUUAGUGUUUGCAUCAUUGAGCCUGGAUUCUUCAAGACGGCUGUGACCAGCCUGGAUCCCCUCGAGAGGGAGCUGCAUCGGUUGUGGAACCAGCUCAGCCCUGAAGUCAAAGCCAGUUAUGGAGAUCAGUACCUAGAAAAAUACAUCAAAGUUCAACGGUUGAUCAUGAACGCUGUCUGCGACUCCGACCUGACCAAGGUGACGAGCUGCAUGGAGCACGCUCUGACUGCGGCCUACCCACGCACCCGGUACAGCGCCGGCUGGGAUGCCAAGUUUCUCUGGCUCCCCCUCUCCUAUAUGCCUGCCUGUGUGGUUGACAUUGGUCUGAAACUGGUGUUACCUCGUCCUUCCAAGAGCGUAUAACCUGCAGCUGCAUCCAUCAUUUGUUCAUUUGUUUGAUUUUGCAAAAAAAACCAUUCAAGAGUAUAUAUUAAUAGAUUAUUACAAACCCGACAUAUCCAUAUAUAGCUGUUGUCUGAAAUGUCAUAUUUUCAUUGACAGUAUUUUACAUUUAAACCGGAUAUGGGUUUACUUUUUGUGAUCAUGGUUUACUGCAGUCUCAUUUGAUGGAAGCAAAGAUGGAAACCUGUGUUGACUUUUGAAUGUUAUGAAUGUGAAUUCUUAUGUAAACUCAUAAAAAAUGAAUACAAAACAAUGUUAAGAUCAUUGUCUUAAAGAGCCAUUCUCAUGUGGCACUAAACUUACAAUACCUAGAACUGUUGCCUUACUUUAUUUUAAUAGAACCCGUUUCCACAUAAUUUUUAUUUUUAACUUUAAUCAACUUAGUUUUUAAAUCCUCUACACAUGUACAGAAUAAUAUUCAAAUUUAAAAAAAACGUUUAAUUUAUGUUUUCUUGGAUCCAUCAAUGAGAACAUGUGAAUUUCACCAGUUUUCUUUCAAAAACAUUUAAGCCUCAAUUAAUUCUAAAUGUCUGGGAAACUAAUUUGCAUCUCAAUUGUUCUUUUUUAUUCUGUAUCUAGAUAUUUGAGCAUGAGUUUAGGUAAAUACACAAUGCACCACAAGGGCAUGCAAGCUGAAACAUGUAGUAUUGUGGAAAAAGAACAUCAUUUUUUAUCCAACAGGAUGACAGCAAUGAUGUUAAAUUUAGACGAAUACAACACAAUAGCUGCUCUCCUGAAGGGUUUUAAAAAUGAUUUCUUUCAUUUGAAUGCUUUUGAUUUUUGCCGUUUUAAUAAAUUAUCGGCGUUACAGACGCUCUUGUUUGCAUGAAUUUGCUAUUUUUUUAAUUUUGUAAUUGCUAAAGAAGUAAUACAUCUGUCAUCAACCUUGAAUAAUAAAAGAGUCCAUUGCCCUUAACUACA